AUGGCAACACCCGCAGCCACAACAGCCCCCGCACUACCCAAAGCGCACCCUGGCGAACGCCUCGCGACUUUCUUCGACAAUCUCUUCAAGACUAUCACCGCUAUAUCGACCCUCGGUGCCUCGCUCACCUUCUCGAAAAUUGUUCAGACGCCUGUAGCCCCAUGGGUUGAUUAUGGCAUCUCGAAGGAUACCGCUCAAACUUACCUUGGAUUGUCGUGGCUGGUCUUCGUUAUCAAUCUUGGGAUAGUUUCAUUCGCCACUGCGGCAUUGUCUUUGUGGCGAUAUGCUGCUAUAGAAUGGUUCGGGACGGAGGAUAGUCAGAAGAGGAGGACUGUGAUGUGGUAUGCUACGUUUGUGAGCAUGGUUUUGUUCGCACUGAUUAUUGUCGCCUUUAUCUUCUUAGGAUUGGUUAUUGCGGCCUAUGCUGGACCCGUUGGAUGGAGUGCCAUUGGGUUCACAACUCUGGCAGGAAUCUUAGGAUUUGGAGUUAUCGUUUGGCAGAGUCCGAUUGGAUCGAAGAGUAUUGGAGGGCCGCCAAAUGAGGAUUUGUUCAGAAAGGACAGCGAGUUGUAUGGAUAUUCGCCAAAUAGGAAGGCGAAUGCGUAUGCGAGAAAAUUGACGGGUGACGAUACAUAUGCAAAUGUAUAUGGGGAUGGAGAUGGUUAUAAUGAGAAAGAUGCAAUGGCCGUCAAGGAACAGUAUAUCGAUGAUGGAUUUGGGAGAAGGAAUACGCUUGAUAGAUCACCUCGGUUUGCAGACACACCAGAGUACACGAAUGAUUUGAGAAGGAUGCGGCAGAUCAGAGCCUCUGAUGAAUAUAGGUACGAUGGGAGACAAUGA